AUGCAGCACGGCCAGGAGCUGCACCUCCGGGCUGAGGACGCAUCGUGGCAGCCCUACUUUAGCUGCUGUAAGAGCCUCUGUGUGUGUUUACCCUUCUCUGCAGACAUCCAGCAGCUGUUGGUGGUUAAAGAGGAGUCUCCCUCUGAGCAGCAGGAGAGGAGCUCCAGUCUGGACCAGGAGGACCCAAAGCCCCCACACAUUAAAGAGGAACAGGAGAGUGACAUCACUCACCUCCCAAAGAUCCACAGAGAGAGUCAUGCAGCAGAGGAAGAGUUCAUAGAAGCAGGAAGUCUGAGCCAACACACGGCGGUCCGAACGGUGCUACAGCCAGAGCCCCCACACAUUAAAGAGGAACAGGAGGAACCUCGGACCAGUCAGGAGGGAGAGCAGCUUCAGGGGCUGGAGGAGGCUGAUAUCACAAAGUUCACAUUCACUCCUGUCCCUGUGAAGAUUGAAGAAGAUGAAGAGAAACCUCAGUCCUCACAGCUUCAUCAAACACAAACUGAACAGAUGGAAACAGAAGCUGAUGGAGAGGACUGUGGAGGACCAGAACCAGAUAGGAACUCUGAUCCAGAUCCACAUUUACAACCUGAUACUGAGGAGGAGCCUGCAGACUCUUCUGAACCUGAGACUGAUGACAGUGGUGAUUGGAAGGAGACCAGAGAACCUCAGUCAGGUUUGAACUGUUUGAAAAAAGAUGGCGGUCCUGUCAGAGAUUCCCGAUUUAGUGCUGGUGAGAAACGACUUAGCUGCUCUGAGUGUGGGAAAGGAUUUGGCUACAAGUGCUAUCUGAAGAGACACAUGUUUUCUCAUACAGGAGAGAAACCUUUCAGCUGCUCAGUUUGUCAGAAACUUUUUACACACAGCCGAACUUUAAAGAAACACAUGAGACAACACACAGGAGAGAAACCUUUCCGCUGCUCAGUGUGCGGUAAAGGUUGCAGUAAUAGUUGGAAUCUGAAAUUACACAAAAUAACUCACACAGGAGAGAAACCUUUCAGCUGCUCAUUUUGUAAUAACACUUUUACACAGAGUGGAACUUUAAGGAGACACAUGAGACUCCACACAGGAGAGAGACCUUUCAGCUGCUCAGUUUGUCAGAAACCUUUUCCAUACAGUCGAACUUUAAAGAAACACAUGAAGCUCCACACAGGAGAGUAACCUUUCACCUGCUCAGUUUGUGGUAAAGGUUUCCGUAGGAGUUGGCAUCUAAAGUCACACAAAAGAAUUCACACAGGAGAGAAAGCUUUCAGUAUGACAGUUCUUUAGUAUGAAACUAGAUUAUUUUAGGAAUCCUUUUGUACAAAAUAUGUUGUGAUCUCUUCUUGGGAAGGGGGUGAAAUUUGUUGUUUAUUUAUUCAUUGAGCAUCUUUAGUUUUGUUUUACAAAACAAAAAUUCACAAACUGAUAUUUAAAUUCAAUAUUUGAUUGUAGAAGUGUAACAAUUACAACUUUAGUUUACACAGAACAGGUUAGUUACUUUACUUCACUUAUACAGAGCAGGUUAUUUUUAUUUAAAAGUCAGGAUUUAUGUGUGUUACGGACAGAAGAAUGUUACUUUAAGUCUAGAAACAACUACUAUUAAUGACCAAUCUGUGAAAAAAAGAAAAAAGAGUGAAACAGAAGAGUUUCAGGGGGUAACAAUGUCCUGCUGUGUGGUCUGUUCAGCAGGUUUUUGUACAGAUGAUCUUACCUUCGCAUGUAUCUAGACCUGUCUAGCCACUGCUGGGUGAGUAAUCUCUGCUGGAAAGAAGGUAAACACUCCGGGGAUUCAACAGAGCUUUAAAUGCAGAAUCACGGUUUGUUUAAAGAUCUUAACUUUAAUUUUAGUCAGUAACCCUUGAAUCAGAUGAGAUGAACAGUACCAUCUGGUGGACAACAGUGGGAAGUACACAUAUAGUACGGUCUGUUUUCUUCACAUUCUGUCGAAAGUCUUUGUUCAUUUUUAAAAUGUUUGAAACAAAAAAAAAACUGACCAAAUUUUACAAAUUACACCUUUAAUUUGACACAACAAUUAAACACAUAAAUGCUUUGUGACUUGUGACUUCUUGUUGAAUCCUUUCCCACAGAUGCUGCAUUUGUAUGGUUUCAUCUUCACUCUUCACAGGGAAAGCUUCAGAUUCCAUCUGCUCACUUUUAUGUUUGAAGAAGCUGUGAGCUCUGAGGAUGCUCUUCAUCAUCUUCACUCCUCACAUGGACAGGUUCUGUUUCCAUCCUUUCAGUUGAGCUGCUAGCUGGAGUCUCUGGAGCCUCUCUGCUCUCUCUCUCAUACUUUUGCUGCCUCACCUAUAGUCCUGUAACAAAAUUUAGGUUAAAGCCUCAAUUUGGCAAACGGGGCUCUGUACCCUACAGGUAUAUGUUUUGUUUUUUUCAUGUGAAAAGGUAGAGACUUGGAGUUACAUUGAAUUUUAUGACUGUCAAAUCUGAAAUACCUCCACGUCUGAAAUUAAACUUUAUGGUCUAUAGAAACUAUGGAGAAAGUUUCAUGCUUUAGUCAUAAAAUGCACAAAACCUUCCAGAAAUGAGCUGAUCCGCUCCACUCUAUGGCUACUAGUAAUACAUCCUCUUCAUGACAACAUGAUGUUAAUAGUGUAAAUAAUGGCCCCAUUUAGAAGAAAAUAGAAGAUAAGGAUUGAUUUAGGGCGGUGCUACCUUUGAUUGACAGGUCACAACAAGGUGAGCUGUCAUCAGGAGAGAAGAAAAGCAAUGUGUAUCCACAGUAACGUCAAUAAAAAAAAAUUUUUUAAAAGGGUGUUUACUGGUUUGGUCUCAUAACUUUGACCGUUUCACUGUAUUUUCACUUAUUUGAACAUUUUGUUCAUUACAAAUAUCUUGCUCAGCCUUUGGUUUGACUAACGGUGUUUUUUUUUGUGCUUUUUUUAGUAUUCAGAUCCUGUACUUAAGUAAAAGUACUAAUACCAAACUGUUAAAUUACUCCACUACAAGUAAAAGUCCUGCAUUCAAAACUUACUGAAGUGAAAGAACAAAAGUAUCAGCAUCAAAAUGUACUUAAAGUAUCAAAAGUAAAAGUGCCUGUUAUGCAGAACGGACCCACUCAGAUUGUUUAAUAUAUAUUCUAAAUAUAUCAUUGGAUUAUUAUUAUUGAUGCAUUUAUAUAAACAGCAAGGUAGGGCUCAUUUAAUAUGCUGUUAUGAGGUUACAUUUGAAAUCGAAUGUCUAAUCACUUUAAAUGUUUUAUGUUUUUAUGUUAAAGUUUGACCUGAAAAGUAUCUAAAGCUGUCAGCUAAAUGUAGUGGAGUAAAAAAUUACAAGAUUUGCAUCAAAAUGUAGUGAAGUAGAAGUAUAAAGUUACAUACGUGGAAAUACUGAAGUAAAGUACAAGAACCUCAAAACUGUCCCAUAAUGAAGGAUACAUCCACAUAUAUAUUUCUUUGCUGCGUUUGGGGACAUUAAUACAAUGUUACGACUCAACACAUUUAAAUUUAUAGCUAAUUCUCACCGCUGAUAAUCUGUAUGGAUCAUAGAACGACUGUUGACUAGUGUGAGACACUGUUUCUUAAAGUAGUGAGAAGUUUUCUAGCCAAUUUCCAGCCAAAGUUCAGAACACAACCUGGUCCCGCCCAGGUUAGCUCUGCAGCAUGAGUUACCAUGGUGACAUAGCCUGAGUAAAAGAGAACCACCUUGGAGAUACUGAUAACUAGGGUUAAACCCCAGGUUACCCUGUUAACCCUCAAAUCCAGCUUCGUAGUACAGGACUCUGGACUAACAUAACAGAGAUAGCUGGCCUAAAUUAAAAGAUAGCAUGCCUACCCUCGUACCACAAACUGAAGCAGGGACAACUUUCAGGCAACUUUGGUAAACCAAGAAUGUUUUUAUUUCAUUUUGCUUUUAAAAAAGAUGAAGUUGUAAUUGUUACACUUCUUCGACAACCAAAUAGUGAAUAAAUAAGUUUGUGAACUUAAGUUUUAUAAAACAAAACAAAAAAA